AUGUCGGAAGGUCCUGUGACAUCUGGGGGCCCUACCCCCACUCCUGGAGUGCCUAACCCUAAUUCAAAAAGUGCAGGUAUAGUGCUUGAAGUGGAUUUGACAUUGUUCGAUCUUGAUGAGAUAUCUAUAGCAAAGAAAGAGGCGAAGAGACUCGAGAAAGAGUCUAAACUCGCGGCUAAGGUCACUAAGGUAGCGGCGGCGACGCCUGCGGCUGCGAAGAAGGUCAAGGCGGAGAAAGAGAAACAAGAAGAGGCCCCGUUCGUGAAUACCACCCCGAAGGGAGAGAAGAAAGACCUUGCUCAGCCUAUGGCUUCCGGAUACAAUCCGAUCGCCGUCGAGUCUGCGUGGUACGAUUGGUGGGAAGCCCAAGGGCUCUUCGUUCCUCAGUUGACACCAGAAGGUGGUGUUAAGCCAGAGGGUCAAUUUGUCAUUUCUUUCCCUCCUCCCAAUGUCACUGGCAGCCUACACAUCGGACAUGCUCUCACAGUCGCAAUCCAAGACUCGCUCAUUCGGUGGAAUCGCAUGAUGGGUAAGACAACAUUAUGGGUCCCUGGGUUUGAUCAUGCCGGUAUAUCUACGCAAUCUGUGCUCGAAAGGCGACUAUACAAAUCCACCGGACAGACACGACAUGAUAUUGGACGAGAGAAGUUCCUUGAGAGUGCGCAGGAGUGGAAGGACGACUAUCAAAAGCGCAUCACUCAGCAGCUACGCCGACUAGGGGCCAGUUUUGACUGGAGUCGUGUAGCGUAUACGAUGAAUGAGAAUCUAUCCAAAGCUGUCGUCGAGACAUUCUGCCGUCUACAUGAGGACGGAGUGAUGUAUCGAGCCAAUCGACUCGUCAACUGGUGUGUGCGUCUGAAUACCACCCUGUCUAAUCUUGAGGUCGACCAAAAGCAACUGACUGGACGGACAUUGCUCAAUGUCCCGGGCUACGACGAAAAAGAAAAGUUCGAAUUUGGAGUUAUCACUUCAUUUGCAUACGCUAUUGAGGGUUCAGACGAGAAGAUAAUCGUUGCCACGACUCGUCCGGAGACAAUGCUGGGAGAUACCGCCAUCGCUGUCCACCCUGACGAUCCGCGUUAUAAGCAUCUUCAUGGCAAAUUCGCUGUGCAUCCGUUCUUGGAGCGCCGUAUUCCCAUCAUCACGGAUGCGAUCAUCGUCGACAUGGACUUCGGUACUGGUGCGGUGAAAAUCACUCCGGCACACGAUCCAAAUGACUACGAAGUCGGUAUCCGCCACAACUUGCCAUUCAUCAAUCUGUUGAAUGACGAUGGUACGUUUAAUUCCAACGCGGGUGAAAAAUUCAAGGGCAUGAAACGGUUCCAUGCUCGUGUUGCUGUCGUCAAGGCUCUGAAAGAUGCGGGCUUGUAUGUGGAGGCGAAGGACAACCCGAUGCAAAUCCCCAUUUGCAAUAAAUCUGGCGACGUCAUCGAGCAGAUCCUUAAGCCACAAUGGUGGGUGAAUUGUAAACCACUCGCCGAGGAAGUUAUCAAGCGCACAAAAGCUGGGGAACUCGAUAUCUCUCCGAAGCAAUCGGAGAACGAGUGGUACCGAUGGCUGGAAGGCCUUCAGGACUGGUGUGUCUCUCGGCAGCUCUGGUGGGGUCAUCGGUGUCCUGCGUACUUUGUGCGGAUCGAAGGGCAAGAGCAGGACACGACAGAUGGAAAAUGGUGGGUUGUAGGAAGAAAUCAAGAAGAAGCUGCAUCGCGUGCAAAGAAGCUUGCGGGCGGGGCCAAAUUCACGCUUGAGCAGGAUGAAGAUGUACUUGAUACGUGGUUUUCGUCCGGCCUGUGGCCGUUCUCGAUCAUGGGCUGGCCCCAAGAGACGUUUGACUUGAAGACGUUUUACCCCACAUCUCUGCUUGAGACUGGCUGGGAUAUCCUGUUCUUCUGGGUAGCCAGGAUGGCAUUGCUCGGUGUGCAUCUUACGGGGAAAAUGCCGUUCAAGGAAGUGCUUUGCCACGCGAUGAUUCGAGAUGCGCAUGGUCGCAAAAUGAGCAAGUCGCUUGGGAAUGUUGUGGAUCCAAUCGAUGUCAUUCAGGGACUAUCGCUCGAGGAUCUCCACCAGAAGCUGUACGAAGGCAAUUUAGACGAGCGUGAGAUUAAUAAGGCCAAGGCGGGUCAGAAGAAGGAUUUCCCUAAGGGCAUUCCUCAGUGUGGAACUGAUGCGCUAAGGUUUGCUUUAUGCGCCUACUCUGGAGGAGGACGUGAUAUCAACUUGGAGAUUCUUCGGGUGGAGGGCUAUCGGAAAUUCUGCAACAAGAUAUUCAAUGCAACGAAGUUUGCCAUGCUGAAGUUGGAUGCAGAUUUCGUGCCACAAUCGUCUGCCAGACCAACGGGCAAUGAAGGCCUUGUGGAGCGCUGGAUUUUGCACAAGCUGAACAUCGCUACCCAUGAAAUCAAUCGCCAAUUCGAAGAGCGAAAUUUCAUGGCGCUCACGACGGCCGCUUAUAAUUUUUGGCUAUACGAGCUAUGUGACGUUUACAUCGAAGCGAUGAAACCCAUGACGGACGCAUCCGCGUCGCCCGCUAUGCGGAGAUCGGCGCAAGAGACAUUAUACACAUGUCUUGACCACGGUCUACGCCUGUUGCAUCCAAUCAUGCCAUUCGUCACGGAAGAAUUGUGGCAGCGGUUGCCUCGCCGGCAAGGCGACUCCACGCCUUCGAUCAUGGUGUCAUCAUACCCAAUGUUUGAUAAGGCAUUCGUGUCUGAGGACGCGGAGCGCGACUUUGACCUCGUGUUCUCCGUGAUCAAGACGGGGCGCUCGCUAGCGGCGUCAUAUAACCUGCAGAGUGACAUCCAAUUAUUCAUCCGGGUUCAAUCCGAUAAUGAGGCUACACUGUUUGAGAGCCAGAUCCCAACGAUUGUGACAUUGACGAAAAAUUGCAAAACCGCGAAGGUUGUGCGCACACUAGAUGAUGUGCCUGCGGGAUGCGGUUCUGCCGUUAUCUCACCCACGGUGGUGGUGGAUCUCCUUGUGAGAGGCUUGGUGGACCUUGAUGUGGAGAUUAUGAAAUGCCAGAAGAAACUCGAUCUCGCUCGCCUGAGUCUAGACAAGAUCCGGAAACUAGAAGCACAGCCAAAUUAUGAAGAGACGAUCCCACCCAACGUGCGCAUGGCAAACGAAGAAAAGCGAAUGACCCUUGAAACGGAUGUCACAACUUUAGAAACGUCUAUACAGAUGUUUGAGAAAUUGAAAUAA